CAGUAUCUAUAGAACGCUUAAUGGCGCACCUGGAAAGAAUGUAAAUAAUUUGAAAUUCACCAGAAAAUAUGUGAAUUUUCGUUAGAAGGAACAAAAUUUGAAAUUGUAACGGUGCAUUUGCUUUGAGAUAUUCAUUGUUCGCUUACAUUUUCAAUUCUGAACAAAAUAUAGAAUACCUGUCAAAAACCAGACGGUAAACAAAGUUUCAGGUAAAAAUUAGAAAUGGGACGCCCAGAAGAAGAUUUCGAGGUUACUAACCUUACGAAGAUAGCAACUGUAGUUUUAAUCAUCUCAACAUUGUGCCAACUGAUAGGAUUUGCCUCCUCCCACUGGGUGAUUUCUGUGAGCACUGAGUAUGGCAUCAUUGAGUACUCAGGACUCUGGGAAAAGUGUGCAGACCUUUCUAUCGGUUACCAUAACUAUGAGUGUGAAGGAUUUGUGUGGGAAGAUUUCCAAGUUUCCCAUUGGUUCCGCACCAUUCAGACAAUGGAGUCGAUGGGCUUUGUGGGAAUGCUGGCCACUGUUGUCUUGAUUGGACUGUACAUGUUCAGAACCCCCAUUCAGGGAAAGAAAUCGGUUAAAAGGCUCAUCAUCACCCUAUGUGUCUUGUGUGGCACUCUGAUCAUUAUCUCCUGCAUCGUUUUUGCCUCCUUGAAACAAACCCUCCGAGCUCGCCACAUGCCCGGAUCCACCGCAGAACUCUCCUGGAGUUUCGCUCUCAGUCUGCUUGGCGGAAUCGGAUCCAUUGCAACUUCAUUCCUCGUCUGCUUUGGAUAAAAGGCCUCAUCCAGAAUUUGAACUGCUAACAUUCCUAUUAUUGACAGAAUCUUCAAUCAAGAUACAUGUAGUUGUGUAAUCAUCUACAAACUUAUCUGCUUUUACUUUACAGUUUACUUUAUAUUUAUAAAGUUGAUAUUUUUAAAAUAGAAUUUUAUACCAGUGUCAUAUUUCGCAUUGUAUAUAAAAUACAUUUUUUCAUGUUUUUACCCAUUUCCAUUAAGAUCCAAACUUUCAUCAAUCCCAAUAAUUAGCCUGUAUUCUUAUAUCAGCAGUUAUCAUCUACCAGUAUAUAUAUAGUGAAGAUCCUAUAUAGAAGCUGAGUUUUUUAUUUUGCAUAAGAAUGUAAAUACCAAUGACCUCAUCCAAAAGAAACUUUUCAUCUCAAACUUGUAAUUGACCUUAACGUAUUAAAACAUUUAGGUCUUUUUCCAUUCAACCCAUCAGGUCGUAAAAUUAAAUUAAUCCGGAUGAAGCCAUCAUUCUGCAUGCAACUAGUAUUUAAGGUCAUUUUUCUGACAAGAAGUACUGCUGAGUUUCUUAUUUUGGGGAUUUUCAGGGAUGAAGUUCAUUUUAUGGUAUUAUCUUUGUAUAUAAACUAAUGUAACAAGAAAAUAAAUUUUAUAUACCUGUA